GUGAAAUUCCUUCCAAGGCAUUGUCGUACCUCAAAUCUACUUUCUUCGGGCAGUUUCUAGAAAACCAUUUAUCUCGAACUUCCGGUUCGGGAUCCACACAAACGGUGGCCAAAAUGGUCUGAAUACCAGCCGGAGAGGGCGAAAUUAAGCCCACCAAAAAGCACGCUAGUUGGCUUAGUAGUAAAACAGUCACUAGAACGCUUAAUUUUCGACCGCUGAGGUUUUCUAAAAUCGUACCAGGCAUCUUGAAUUUGAAAAUCUCAAAAAUGCACAAAAGAAUUGAAAAAUAAACAAAACUUUGUUGCAUAGAUGUUUGCUUUGCUCCAACAUUUAUUUCAUUGUCGGGAUUCUGCGCAAAAUGUAAAAUCGUAUACAGAGUAGUUUCGAAACCGCUUUUGGGACGGUUUUAUGAACAGACCUUUCAUUUUCCCACCAUUGGCAACCGUGCCUACAUGUUUUACAGUUAACUUACCUGCUGUAUGAUAAUCACCUUCCUGUUUAUUUUGAUUUUUAAAUUUUUCCCUCAAAAUUUGCAAUUAUGUAUAAUUUAUUAAUGUUUCCAGUGAAUAACCGCAAAUAAAUAAUAAUUGUUAUUAAGAAUAUAAAGAAGUCAUUCAACAAAAAAAAAUUAAGUAUUGUGUAACCGCAUUAUCCCAGUAUAUAUAAGAAUGACCUAAAAACUAGAUUCUGUGUGUAAAAAGAUUUAAAAUGGGCUUCAAUACAGUAUGUGUAUUAUUUUUAGUACUAUUUUAUCUUGGGUGGAGUGAGCAAUGCUCAAAAGGAUACCCUUUCGAGCAUUAUUUAGGUACUAGAACCCCUUACAGGAUUGUAUCGAAUAAUAGUUUUCAUAAAAUUCAUUAUGAAGGGUGUACACCAAAGAAAGUAUGGAUGAUAAUAAGGCAUGGUACAAGAAAUCCAAGCACUUCAAAUAUAGAAACAAUUAACGAAAAAUUGCCUAAGAUUAAAUCUUUAAUUCUGAACAGCCAAAAUCUUCCAAAUGAUUUCAUCAAAAACCGAGAUUUGGACUUAUUCAAGAAAUGGAAAUCAUCUUUGGACUCCGAAGACAACAAUCUCUUAGCUCACGAAGGAGAAGAAGAAAUGUUACUUAUAGCUGAAAGAAUGCAGAGUAGAUUCCCAGAAGUUUUUGAAAAUGUUUAUAGUAACACCACUUAUAAGCUGAAAUUCACUCAUUCGCAAAGAACCAAGAAAAGCGCAUAUUAUUUUGCGGCAGGAUUGUUUGGCAAACAAACGGCCAAAGAUGUUUGGUUUCCAGAACCAAACAAGAAGGAUCCUAUUUUGAGAUUUUAUAAAUUAUGUAAUAAAUGGGAAAAAGAAAUCAAGUCAUCGGUGAAAGACAGAGGCGAACAGAAAACGUUCCAGGAAACUCAUUUUAUUGAAAAAGUAGUUGAAGAAGUCAAUGAAAAAUUGGGACUCAAUGAAUUGACUAUUUCUGAUAUAUCGAUAAUGUAUAUAACGUGUGGCUUUGAAACUGCAUGGAAUAAGCGUAGUAAAUCCCCUUGGUGUACACCAUUUACUGAAGAAAACUUGAAGGUAUUAGAAUACAUGGAAGAUCUUAAAUAUUACUGGCAAGAUGGCUACGGACAUGAGUUAACUUAUAAGCAAGCUUGUCCAGCUUUUGGGGACCUGGUAAACCAUUUUGAUACAACUUCUGCUUAUCCUAAAGCAGUUAUCUAUUUCACUCACUCUGGAACUCUACUAAAAAUCCUGGCACAUUUAGGACUAUACAAAGACAAUGAAGCACUAACUGCCUCUAACUAUGAUUCUAUGUCCAAUAGAAAAUGGAAAACAAGCCUCAUAGACUCAUUUGCAACCAAUUUGGCUUUGCUACUUUACGAUUGUUCUGGAACUAAAAAAGUCUUGACUCUCCACCAAGAAAACAUAGUCAAACUACCAUGUUGCCCUGAUACAGAUCUUUGCGAGUUUUCAAAAUUAACCGAGUAUUACCAAGAAAGUAUUGACAGAUGCGACUUUGAGGCAAUGUGCAACACUUCUACGAUUAAUUCUAGUGAAUUUUAACUUAUUGACUAUGAGAUCAAACCUUGUAUAACAAGAACAAAUAAAUAAUUCUAUGUUUCAAUUAACAACAUCUAUUUCAAAUACAAAAUUAUUGUUGGGCAUUUGGAUUCUUCUUCAAAACACAAAUCCCAUCCAAAGUGGGCCCAAACAUCUCAAACUGAUCAGUAACUAGCUCGGCUCUUUCAGCUACGGCCAACAAAACUGGAGUCGUAUGGGUGUGGAUUCCUGAAAUAGUUUUCGGAGUGCCAGCUUUUCCUACGAUAUCCACAGCUUGGCCUACUCGAACUGUUGUCGGAACAAUUUCCAAGUUUCCGUCAAGUGUUAGUACCCAUCUUGGUUGAAUUGCCAUUGCUAAACUGUACAGCAAAUAAUGGGAUUUGUGGAGGAUUAAAGAGUGAGGUUCUAGAAGAGAUACUGUAGUAACUAGAAGGCCUAAAAUAUAUACAAAUGAUGAUUUAUUUAAAAAAAAAAAUAUAUAUUAGAUUCUUGCCGGCCAUUCCUACAGGAUCCAACAACAUCCUGUCUGUGUGCAAAGGAUUCAAAGUCAUUGUUCCUUUGCCUAAAAAUAAUAGGCCUUGGGCAAUUCUUACCAUAAAGAGUUGAGAAGGACUUUUGGCAUGGUAUACUGCUAGCUGUCUCAAUACAGCUGCUAAACGGGCAUUGUUUGUACCUGAUCCUAUCAGACCUAGAUAAAGAGGAUAAUCAGGAAAUCUCUCUAAAAGUUAAUUUUGAGACCCAAUUACUCAAAAGCUUUUUGAGCUAUCAAACGCAAUUUUGCAUGGAUUUAUAGAGAAUUUAAUGCUUUUUCCAAUGGUAUAUAUUUUAUUUUAAUUUUUUCAAAAUUUAAUAAAGAUAUGGGCCAUUGCUCAUAACCAUGUCAAGAUUUUGAAAAUUUGCUAAAGCCAUAAUAAUAGGUUUUUCUUUUCAUUCUUGUUUCUGCUUGAAAUGGCCAUUUAGAAAUGAUGUCAAGGUUGCUUUUCAAUAAUUUGGACCUGCUCUAUCGAUUGGUGAAAUAAAAAUUGAGCAAAACUGAAAAAUAAAAAAAAAUCUAUUUUUUUAUAAGGGUAGGUACCCCCUUUGAAUUCUGAUUUCAAAAUAUUCAAACCUCAAUUGCUUGGUAACUGUGGAGCAAAUUGCAUUGAAAUUUGCAGUAUUUUCAGCUCUUAUCAAGCUCUAAAAGAUCUGUAAUUUAAAAUGUUCCCAGGUUUAUAGUUUUUGAGAAAAUUAAGUUUGAUGUUUUUGACAAAAUUUAGACUAAAAAUAAACUUUGAGACUCAAUUACUCAAAAACUUUUCGAACUAUCAAAUUCAAUUUUGCACGGAUUCAUAGAGAAUUUAACGCUCUUUCCAAUGAUAUAUAAUUUGCUUAAAAUUAAAUAACGAUAUGGACAACUGCUCAUGACCAUGUCAAGAUUUUGAAAAUUUUCCAAAGCCAAAAAUAGGUUUUCUUUUCAUUUUUGUUUCUGCUUAAAAUGGCCAUUUGAAAAUGAUGUCAGAGAUGUUUUCCACUAAUUUUGACCCGCUCUAUCGAUUGGUAAAAUAAAAAUUGAGCAAAACUGAAAAAUAAAAAGAAUCGAAUUUUUUAUAAGGGUAAGGGUACCCCCUUUGAAUUCUGAUUUCAAAAUAUUCAAACCUCAAUUGCUUGGUAUCUGUGGAGCAAAUUGCAUUGAAAUUUUCAGCAUUUUCAGCUCUUAUCAAGCUCUAAAAGAUCUGUAAUUUACAAUAUUCUCAGGUUUAUAGUUUUUGAGAAAAUUAAGUUUGAUGUUUUUGACAAAAUUUAGACUAAAAAUCAACUUUGAGACUCAAUUACUCAAAAACUUUUUGAGCUAUCAAACUCAAUUUUGCAUGAAUUUAUAGAGAAUUUAAUGCUCUUUCCAAUGGUAUAUAAUUUAUUUUAAUUUGCUCAAAAUUUAAUAAAGAUACGGGCAAUUGCUCAUGACCAUGUCAAGAUUUUGAAAAUUUGCUAAAGCCAUAAUAAUAGGUUUUUCUUUUCAUUCUUGUUUCUGCUUGAA